AUGCCGGGACCUGGUCAAGACUUUUUUCAUAACGUUAACAAGUCCUGCACUUUUGAUUUUGAGGAUUACAUCAAGACCGAGCUAGGACUGGGAGCCACAAGUGAAUCAGGGGACAUGUACGAAAGGUACGAAAUGCGAAUUCAAACAUACCACAAAUUACAGGGAAAAAGCAGUGGUCUGCAAACAUUGGUUGCGUGGACUCUGUAA